AAAGCGAAGCCAGACAAGGAAAGUGUUCGAACUCUACUUCCAUGGCCUCCAGCACCUUUCAUCUCUUCCCCUGCGGCGUUUCAUCCCCUCUCCGAUGUAAUUUGACGCCGUGUUUCUCCAUUAAUCCAUCUAGAAAGACUAGAAGGUUAGCUUUCUCCACAAGCCACACCAUGUCUGGUAUAACCAGAGAGAACCAGAGCCAACCUUUGGCAGAAGAGCGUGUGAGCUUAAAGCAUUUUUUUGAGCAAGCCAAGGAUCUUGUCACAUCCGACAGCGGACCACCUCACUGGUUCACACCUUUAGACUGCGGUCACCCCUUACACGACUCCCCUCUGCUUCUCUUUUUGCCCGGAAUUGAUGGCACUGGACUUGGGCUUAUAAUGCAUCAUCAGAAACUAGGAAAGAUUUUUGAGGUCUUGUGCUUGCAUAUUCCUCCCAAGGAUCGAACACCAUUUACAGACUUGGUGAACCUGGUUGAGAGAAGAGUUCGGUCAGAGCAUCAUCGCUCACCUAAUAGACCAAUAUAUCUUGUUGGAGAAUCUCUUGGAGCAUGCCUUGCACUAUCUGUGGCAUCCCUUAACCCUGAUAUCGACCUUGUUCUACUCUUAGCAAAUCCUGCAACGUCCUUCACCAAGUCACCACUUCAGUCCAUAUUGCCUUUGUUGCAGAUCAUGUCUGACUUAUUACCCAGUCUUAGACUUCCUCUUGAACUGAGUUCAAUGGCAGGUGUAAUGAUGGCUGAUUUAGAGAAGGGAGUUGGAAGUCUAUCGUGGGAUUUCGUUGCACAAUCAAUAUCUUACCUCUCUGUUUUUGCUGAUAUCUUGCCCCUAGAAACACUUCCGUGGAAACUACAAUUGAUUAAUUCAGCUUCAUCGUAUGCCAAUUCACGCCUCCAUGCUGUUAAAGCUCAAACCCUGAUACUUUCCAGUGGAAAGGAUCCAUUGCUACCUAGUCAAGAGGAAGGUCCAAGACUCCGACAGCUGCUUGCAAAUUGUGAGACCCGUGUAUUUGAAGACUGCAGCCAUUUCCUUUUCUUGGAAGAUACUUUCGAUUUGGUAACUGUCAUCAAGCAGAUUGGUAUCUAUCGUCGUUCAAUAGAACGAGAUUUUGUUUUAGACUACAUACCACCAUCACCUUCCGAAUUAAAAAGUUUCCAGGACAAAUACAGUUGGAUUAACAUCAUGAGCUCGGUGAUACUCUCAACUUUAGCAGAUGGGAAGUCAGUGAGGGGCUUUGCUGGGAUUCCUUCAGAGGGUCCUGUAUUGUAUGUCGGAAAUCACAUGUUACUGGGAUUUGAUAUUGUUCCAUUGAUGACACAGUUUUCGGAAAAUGACAUCAUUCUGAAAGGAAUAGCACAUCCAAUGAUGUUAAUGAAACAAGGAAAGUUUGAGCAACCAUUUUCCGAUGAUAUGAGACUUAUGGGUGCUGUUCCUGUCUCAGGAAAGUACUUUUUCAGGCUACUCUCUACAAAGUCUCAUAUCCUACUCUAUCCUGGUGGAGUGCGCGAGGCUCUUCACAGGAAGGGGGAAGCAUAUAAGCUAUUUUGGCCGGAACGGUCAGAGUUUGUGAGGAUGGCAGCUAGAUUUGGAGCCAAAAUAGUACCCUUUGGUGCUGUUGGAGAAGAUGACUGGGGUGACGUAUUAUUUGAUUAUGAAGAUCAGAUGAAAGUUCCUUUCCUGAAGAAGUUUAUAGAUGAAAUAUCAGAUGAAGCUGGAAAUCUGAGGGCUACCAUUGAUGGAGAAGUAGGAAACCAAGCUCUGUACUUCCCAGGAUUUUUACCAAAAUUUCCUGGUCGGUUUUAUUAUCGUUUUGGGAAACCAAUUGAAACAGAAGGGAGGAAGGAGGAAUUACGAGACAGGGAUAAAGCUCAUGAAUUGUAUUUAGAAGUGAAAUCAGAGGUUAAGAAAUGCAUUGCUUAUUUGCAGGAAAAAAGAGAGAGUGAUCCUUACAGAAGCCUUGCGUCUCGGCUACUCUUCCAUGCAAGACAUGGCUUUACAUCUCAAGUUCCCGCAUUUGACAUCGAUUAAUGCAGUGCUCAGAUACAACUAUCAUGAACAAAAAUUGAUUUAUCGACCUCUUCUGUGGGGGGUUAAUGAGAUUAGGACCUCCACCUAAACUAUGUGACCCUCAACAUUGUGGAUUAGUAGUAUUUGACAUUGUAUUUAUACCAACACAGGAGCAAGUGACAUUUUUUUCUCUUU